CAAAGAUAAGAAUAGAAGGAAGCAGGAAGAUCGAAACAGUCACUGUUUUUAGUUCUGACGUUUAGUCAUGAGCAGUGUUGACUGCACUGACACGACAUGUCAGAUCAACUCUGACGAACUGAUCCGGCAGUCAUCUACCUCACAGCUGUUGGGAAACUGGUAGGAGUCAAAUUCCAGACGGCACUUUUCCUCUGACAUCGCUCCAGUAUGAGUGAUGGUGGGGAGGGAAACGGCAGGGCUGAAGAGAGCCAUGGAGCCAGGCAGCCCCAGGCCCCUAACGUCAAACCCAAACUCGGACAGAAUGACAGGAACAGCAAGGAGGAGCACCGGAAAAAAGAGAAACCAUCAAGAGUGAGGAGAUCGAGGAGUUCUGACUCUGAGAGGACGGAAAGAGGGAGGAGAAGAGAGUCAGACAGGAACCAUGGAGAAAGGAGGCAUCGUGGAAGGAGCGAGGAUGGCCGCGGGCGGCGCCGGAGAGACGGAGAGAGCGAUCGGAGAAGGAUGAAACCCCCUGAAAAUGACGUGGAGGACACAGAGUGCGCUGUGUGCUUCUGCACUUACGAUAAUGUCUUCAAGACCCCAAAGCUGCUGGCGUGCGGGCACACCUUCUGUCUGGAGUGCCUGGCUCGCAUCAACGUCACCUCACCUGAGCUCAAGACCCUGUCCUGCCCCGUGUGCCGAGAGGUGACCGAGCUUCCUCGUGGCCGGGACCUGCCCCGUCUGGGAAACAAUCGGGACAUCAUCAGCAAACUCCCUUCAGACAUGCAGCGGGCGCUGUCCAUCCGCUUUAAGCGCAGCCAGGGUAAGCUGAUGCUGAAGAACCCUCCUCCCAACAGCCCGAGCAGGCCUAAUGUCGUCAGCCUGCCUACCAAGAGUCAGGACACUCAGGCGGCACCAAGCAGGAACCUCCAGCUAAGUGCAAUGGAGCAGGGGAUCACCCCGACCACUGUGGUGGAUGUAGGCAGACCUCCGAACAGGAUGAGGGGUCGCCUGCGCAGGAUGUUCCGUUCAGAUCAGUGCUACUACGCAGUGGUUGCGACCAUCAUCGCCAUCACUGUGGCGCUCAUGCUGCUGGGAAUUCUGGCUUUUGUGAUCAUACCCACUGUGUCGUUGAGCAACAACAUUCCCACCCCACGUCCACCUCAAUCAAACAACACUUCACAACACAAACCGUGAAGUAGAGAUGCGUCCAUGUCAAGAACAGGACAGUGAAGGGUGAUGGUGGGGAGAUGAAGUGGACAAGGAGAGAGAAUCACACAAAACUUCCAGUGACCCUUGUUCCUCUUUGCACACCUUGUGUUUAUAAUGAAGUACAAACUGAGCUCCUUCAAGCUUUGUCACGUGGAGAAAUGAAGGAAAACCAGGAGAGCAACAUUUUUUAAAAACAAAAGAACUGUCAGGUGCACAUGAGGGAAAAGGGACUGAUGUGUUUCCUGUUUUUAUUCUUUUCUGAAGGUGUUUGCGUUCACCGUGAGAGCGGCUGAACACAAUCAAGGAACCUUGUGCACAGAUCAAGUAAGCUGUAAAUGUUGAAAUGCACGACACUCUGUGAUGAAAGGUUGGGGAGAUCUCUGGAUUGAACGCUGAUCUCGCAAACCAGAGUUUAUAGUUCUUAACUAAUUUUGUUUCUAGUCCAAACCCAUUGUACAUACAGACGCCACAGAUGAUUUAUAUAUUUGCAAGUAUUUCUCAACAUAUCCAUCAAAUAAAGGCAUAUUUGAGAUUGUC